GACUGGAUUCUUACUGAUGAAAUGUUCGUAUAGAAAAAAGUGCUGCCAAGGAACGUCAAGCCACCACCCAACGGGCUGAUAACGUCCCCCGCACCACCCCCAAAGCACCGAACUGCUGGAGAGUCGCCAGCAACUCAGCCUGCUAAGAUCUCUCUCUUCCCGCGCCCCCAUCAAUGGUCCAAGCCAAAUUCAUCCCUCCCUUUUCUUCCAUUAUAUACCCAAAUAUUGAACACGUUCGGCGAACCAUGCCACUGGCCGCGCACAGUCGAAUUUGAGUUGCAACAUGUCUGCCGGACAUCGUGGGCAAGGUAGCAUGGAUCCUCCCCAGCUAUCGCCCUCGAUAGAAGGCUCUGGGCCCUCGAACGCCAAUCAUGAGGGGUUUCGCGCCACUGGGGAGAAUAGAGGGGCCGAUCACAUAACGGAGUUAAAAAAGACUUUGGAAGACCUGGACUCUCGAAUUCAGCCCGGGCACCCUCACCCUCACAAGCCUCCCAAUCCUCGUCGUGACCCCCGCUGCAGCUUCUCUACGGCGCAAUCCAGCACACAAACGGAAUCCAGCGGCACUUCUCGGCAAUCCCAAACGACUGCCCCAACUGAGGUGACCUCCGAGAGUCAAGCAAGACACGGCGCCAGUACGGGCCAUUUGAAAUGCCCGUAUUUUGGGAAGUCCGGCUUGGAAACACUGACCAGCUGUCAAAUCACAAACUUCAAGUAUCCUUCAGGCUUAAAGUUACACUUUUGGCGGUUUCAUGUCCACAAAGACGAUCAAGAUGCCAUCCACAAGCAGCAUAUGGGGGACAAAGCCGACCUACUGCAACUUUAUCAAGCUGCAGGCACAACAGACUUUUUGAAUGAUCAUCCCCUGUAUCGACUGCGAAACGAGCAAUGGAAGCGCAUCGUUGAGAUUCUCAGCGGACUCAACAAGAAGCGCUCCAGAUCAUCUGACAUACGUCCCGAUGAACGUAGCAAAUGCAAUUCGGACAUAGAGGAAUUCCUUUUUCCUGGUCAUGAUAUCGAACCCGACUCGCGCUCGGAAGACACUGGGGGCCCGAUUUCCGCGGGUGAAGAGGGUACUGCCACGAGUGUCUCCAGCGAGACUGGCGAAACCAAUCUCCAGUCCUCUGGCCAUGUGGGUUUUGACUGUGUUCGUCAACGAAGCACGAGCGAAAAUGUGCUAGGGGGAAACGGCGUACUGCUCUAUGCCAUCGGUGCAGCGUUUGAAGAUUUCGACGACGUGCAGCUUGGGGACAUUGACAGGCUAUUCGCCGAAAUGAAAGAACUCAAUGGUAAGAGUACCUAAGGUACUCAACGUAGAGAGAACAUAGGCGGGAAUUUGUUGGUCUAUUAUUACCGGAGAAGCCUUUCCAAGACAGGGAUGAGCAUUAUGUUUCUCGAGGCAUGCAGACCGAAUCUGCAGCCCCCGAUCUGCAGAGGAAUUGACAGUAUGACUUAGAGUCACUGGUAGGAGUUGAUUGCAUUUGGCACGGCAUCUACUAUUUGAGCGGCUACGAAUGUACCAAAUUUGAUGGAAUCUUUGGAGACAAUCCGGAGUCAAGUGACAGCAUGGCAUGAAAGGAUGUGUAUUGAACACAGCUCUAAC